AUGCACAAGCCUCGACCUGAGGAAUUUCUUAAAGUUAAAAAACGAAAAAUCAGAAGCCAACCUCCUGAACAUUUCUCUCAAAUCCAUCAAAGGAACCUCAAUUUUGGCGACUCUGUUCAAGUGAACCGAUUCGCUUCUGGCGUAUAUGAAGGUUGUAAUACUGGCCUCUAUUUGACAGUCGAUGAUUACGUCACUCCUGUUCAUUAUGACGCGGCUAUGACUACUACGACGUUAACAGAGAGUGUCGAUUGGGACUCGGUGGAUUACGAGGAAAUUGCCGAGACGGCUGUGCUGAUUUGGGAAUAUUUCGGUGUCUGGUCUCAGAGGAAUAGAUUACGCCACAGAAGACGUUGCGGUUUCGCUCCAAAAUCGCUAUUUCUUUACGGUUUAGGCCCUUGGCACACUAGCAGCGCAGACGAGUACUCGUUGCAUCUGAAUAAAGCCGUAUCGACUGUCAAUUUGACAGUAGACAGUGGCAGUACUUUACCCGUAAGCCAACAACAUUUGGUCGCUUCGAUUUCCUGUCCCGAGUUCACCAGCCACAAUGAGUACAAUUUUAUUAAUGCCCCUAAAAAACCCCUCAUUUUAUUUUGGACCCCCGGUUACUGGUACAAACCGGUGACAGCCAGAGACGCCUAUAUAGAACAGCAAAAGUAUUUGAAAAAAAUUCGCGACAAUCAAGAAAAGUAUUCAAAAAGAAAACUGAAAUGUUUGGGCAAAAGGCCAAGGAAAUUCUUUAAAAAAUUUCGCAGGUCGCACUAUAAGGACAACGAAAACGGCACGGACAACGAAACAGUUAAAACCGAUAGGAAAAAGAGAAAAACGAAAUUUAUUUCGAACUUAUUAGGCACCAAUAACAAACUAAACGAAGACUCUCUUCUGAAACGACCAAACGAAACUACUUUGCAGCACCUCAAAAGGUUAUUGGCACCUGGCAAUAGUUUGACAGCUUGGGAUUUUGACUCGACGACCCUCGCUCAACAACUGACCCUGCUGGACAAGGAACUGUUUUUGAAAAUCUCGUCGGACGAGCUGCGUUACAUAUUAUGGCAGAGAAGCACGAAGAAUGCCCCCAAUGUUACGGCAAUGGUGUCCUUUUCUUAUCGAAUCGCUUGUUUAAUUGGUAGCGAAAUUUUACGAGGAGAAUCGGAAAAAGUCCGAGCCAGAUUGGUAGCCCGUUUCAUUAUCGUUGCCGAUAAAUGUCACCGAAUGUCAAAUUUCCAUUCGUGCAAGUCCGUAUUGGGUGGUUUACAAAGUCCACCCAUUUUUAGGUUACGGCAAACGUGGGCCUAUGCCAGAAAAAAACACGCUUCCACAUACCAGGUAUUUGAAUAUUUGUGUCGAUUGUACCGCGAUCCCAGGAUGCCCAUUUACCAAAAAACCUUUCUUAUGUUCUCCCAGCGUCCUCCAUAUUUGCCAUCGAUCGGCCAUAUUGUUGCCAAAUUGCUGAACAAACUGCCCGAAUAUAAAAUUCAAACCUUACAAUCAAGACAGUUAAGCUCGUGUGCCUCAAAAAUUUCAAUCAAAAGCAAAACACCAAACAAUAAUUGUCGAGAGAAUAACUUUUUUACGAAAAUAUUCAAUUUUAUUAGUCCGCCACCAAAAACCAUGGGCGCAGGUGAUGAAAUCCGUCCUAAUAUAAAACCCCAAGGGCUGCACACAUGUUUGAAACAAACAAACUGUCACGAAGACACGCUAAUUGACUCGCUACAAGGUACCACAGAAUUCCUGGAGAAAUCCCAAUUGGGAGCCGUCCAUUACAAUUUCAGCAUCAACCAAAUGGCGAGAGAAUUUUUGUUGAAGGCGCGCUAUUUCGAGGACGAACACAAUUUUUUCAACUCUUUAAGUUUAGAAGACAAUAAAACUAAAUAA